AUGACUUGCAAUCCAAAAUGGCCAGAAAUUAGAAGAUUUGUUAAGGACACUGGCCUAAAUCCAGAAGACAGGUCUGACAUUCUUUGUCGUUUAUUUAAGAUUAAGCUUGAUGCACUUAUUAAAGAAUUGAAAGAGAAUGAGUUUUCUUGGCAAAACUCAAGCAGACGAGCUGAUGGACGUUUUAUUGAAAAAUCAUGUGUUAAACUAGACAACAGAAAUGUCGUUCCAUAUAACAAACAUCUGUUAAAAAGAUAUCAAGCACACAUUAAUGUUGAGUGGUGCAAUCAGUCAUCUUCAAUCAAAUAUCUGUUCAAAUAUAUCAAUAAGGGUCCAGAUAGAGCUACUGUUGCAAUUGUAGAAAACAGUAAUGAUGCGGUCACUUUUAAUGUUGUUGAUGAGAUAAAACAACCAUCUGUGGCGUCCUCAAUGUUCUUAGCUUGGAUGCAUUGUAAUCAAAUUUAUCAAGAAGAACGAGAACUCACUUACGUUGAAUUCCCUACAAAGUUUGUGUGGAAAUUGGACGAACAACGUUGGGAUCGAAGGAAAAAAGGGUUCUCAAUUGGACGGAUUCAUUCAGUUUCUCCUACUGUAAGAGAAGAAUAUUACUUACGAAUUCUUCUAAAUAAAGUCAAAGGUCCUAAAUCAUUUGAAGACAUUCGUACAGUUAAUGGAAAAACAUUUCUUAGUUUUAGAGAUGCAUGUUAUGCUGUUGGGCUUUUAGACGAUGACAAGGAAUAUAUUGAUGCCAUUGAAGAGGCAAAUUUAACUGCAUCUGAUUUAUCUCUCAAUGAAGAACAAGUGAAUAAUCUAACUUUGUUCGAAAUUGAAAAGAUUUUGCUUCGUAACAAUUCCACAUUGAAAAACUUCACUACUCUACCUUAUCUAGAUAAUGAUUCGCUUGAAUCAUCAAAGAACCGUAUGAUUGCAGAAGAAAUGGAUUAUAACCAUCAUAAUUUACGUGAUGAGUUUCAGACACUUGUUACUACUCUAACAAAUGAGCAAAGAGGUGUAUAUAAUGAAAUCAUGAUUGCGGUUGAAAAGAAAAAAGGUGGUGUGUUUUUUGUUUAUGGGAAUGGCGGAACAGGUAAAACAUUCCUGUGGAAGACCUUGGAUGCAUCAAUAAGAUCUAAAGGAGAUAUUGUUUUAAAUGUUGCUUCCAGUGGUAUUGCAUCUUUACUUCUUACCGGUGGCAGAACAGCACACUAUCGGUUUCAAAUCCCGCUCAUUCUCAAUGAAGAUUCUCUUUGCCACAUGAAGCCAGACAGUGAUGUUGCGAGCUUAAUAAAGAAAACUACUUUGAUAAUAUGGGAUGAGGCACCAAUGGUUCAUAAGCAUGCAUUUGAAGCAUUAGAUAGAAGUAUGAACGAUAUUUUCCAUACUCAACGCAGUGGUGACUCACAUAUGCUUUUUGGGGGUAAGGUAACUAUUUUUGGAGGAGAUUUYAGACAGAUUCUGCCGGUUAUUCCCAAUGCAGGUAGACAAGACAUCGUAAAUGCAUCAUUAAGUUCAUCUUACAUUUGGAAAAAAAGCAAAGUCCUAAGGUUAAUUAGGAACAUGAGGCUAACUGCAAACAGUGAGAGUUCAGAAAUUGAACAAACAAGGGAUUUUGCAAAAUGGAUUUUGGACUUAGGAGAAGGAAAAGUUGGAGGAGAAGAAAAUGAGUACUUAAGUUCAGAUACGCUAUGUGAAUCAGAGCACCUUCAUGAUGAGUUUGACAAAACAUUGUACUCUCCUGAUGUUUUAAAUGGUCUUAAAUUAUCAGAAAUACCAAACCACAAGAUUUUACUAAAAGUUGGUGUUCCUGUCAUGUUACUCAGGAAUAUUGAUCAGAAAUCUAGAUUAUGUAAUGAUACUAGACUGCGGGUGUUAACAUUGGGAAAUCGAAUGUCUAGUCCAUCACGAAGGUCAGAGAGAACUGCCCGACCUAUAUCUGAAGAAAGGGAGGAAUCUUCCGCUAAUCCAUCAACCUAUGCUUCAAGGAGUAGAGGUCAUGGAAAGGGUAGGGGUAGGGGUCAAGGGAGGAGUCAGAUUUUUGAGAGGAGUCAGGCUGAAAUUCGCCCUGAUCAAAGGUAUUAUCAAUGGCCAUCUUAUUCCGUCAAUGAAUUCUAUGUGAGAGAAGUUACUGAAUUGGAAUAUGGGUUUGGGGAUAUUGGAUUCGGUGUUGGUUCCUCUUCCAAAUCUACUGUUCCUGUUGUUGAAGGUUUUAGUUUCUUUACCCUUAUUUCUUGUGUGACGUUGUUUCUCAUAUUGCCGAUGUAUGCUUUUGGUACACAUCGAAGGACUUUUUUCAUGGUAUUUGCAUUUACUUACUUAUGGGAUUCUUAUGGGAUUCUUAUGGGAUCUGCUUCUGUUUUCCAACCCGAUGUCGCCUGA